GCGGCGGUACCGGCGCGGGGCCCGCAGGGGGAGCCCGCGGGCGGGCGGAGGCGGCGCGGCCCGGCCCGCUCAAGAUGGCGGUGCGGAAGAAGGACGGCGGCCCCAACGUCAAGUACUACGAGGCCUCGGACACCGUCAGCCAGUUCGACAACGUGCGGCUCUGGCUCGGCAAGAACUACAAGAAGUACAUCCAGGCGGAGCCCCCCACCAACAAGUCGCUGUCGAGCCUGGUGGUGCAGCUGCUGCAGUUCCAGGAGGAGGUGUUCGGGAAGCACGUCAGUAACGCGCCCCUCACCAAGCUGCCGAUCAAAUGCUUCCUGGAUUUCAAGGCGGGGGGAGCCCUGUGCCACAUCCUGGCAGCGGCCUAUAAAUUCAAGAGCGACCAAGGAUGGCGGCGUUUCGAUUUCCAGAAUCCCUCGCGGAUGGACCGCAACGUGGAGAUGUUCAUGACCAUCGAGAAAUCCCUGGUGCAGAACAACUGCCUGGCCCGGCCCAACAUCUUCCUGCACCAGGAGAUUGAGCCCAAACUGCUGGGCAAGCUGAAGGACAUCGUCAAGAGGCACCAGGGCACCGUGACCGAGGACAAGAGCAACGCGUCCCACAUUGUCUGCCCCGUCCCCGGGAACCUGGAGGAAGAGGAGUGGGUCCGACCGGUCAUGAAGCGUGACAAGCAGGUGCUGCUGCACUGGGGCUACUACCCAGACAGCUACGACACGUGGAUCCCCGCCAGCGAGAUCGAGGCGUCCGUGGAGGACGCCCCGACACCAGAGAAGCCUCGGAAGGUCCACGCCAAGUGGAUCCUGGACACGGACACCUUCAACGAGUGGAUGAACGAGGAGGAUUACGAGGUGACGGACGAGAAGAGCCCCGUCACCCGCAGGAAGAAGAUCUCGGCCAAGACGCUGACGGACGAGGUGAACAGCCCCGACUCGGACCGGCGGGACAAGAAGGGGGGUAACUACAAGAAGCGGAAGCGCUCGCCCUCCCCAUCGCCCACCCCUGAGGCCAAGAAGAAGAACGCAAAGAAGGGACCUUCCACCCCCUACAACAAAUCCAAGCGCGGGCACCGCGAGGAGGAGCAGGAGGACCUGACAAAGGACAUGGACGAGCCCUCGCCCGUCCCCAACGUGGAGGAGGUCACCCUGCCCAAAACAGGUCAGGUCAACACCAAGAAGGACUCGGAGUCAGCACCCGUGAAGGGGGGCACCAUGACAGACCUGGAUGAGCAGGAAGAUGAGAGCAUGGAGACAACCGGCAAGGACGAGGAGGAGAACGGCACUGGGAGCAAGGGGGAACAGGCCAAGAACCCCGACCUGCACGAGGACAACGUGACGGAGCAGACCCACCACAUCAUCAUCCCCAGCUACGCCGCCUGGUUCGACUACAACAGCGUCCACGCCAUCGAGCGCCGCGCCCUGCCUGAGUUCUUCAACGGCAAGAAUAAAUCCAAGACCCCCGAAAUAUACCUGGCCUACCGCAACUUCAUGAUCGACACGUACCGGCUGAACCCGCAGGAGUACCUCACCUCCACCGCCUGCCGCCGCAACCUGGCCGGCGACGUCUGUGCCAUCAUGCGGGUCCACGCCUUCCUGGAGCAGUGGGGCCUCAUCAACUACCAGGUGGACGCCGAGAGCCGUCCCACCCCCAUGGGCCCCCCGCCCACCUCCCACUUCCACGUGCUGGCCGACACUCCCUCGGGGCUGGUGCCGCUGCAGCCCAAGACGCCCCAGGGCCGGCAGAGCGACGGCGACGCCAAGACCGGCCGCAAGAGCAAAGAGAUCGAAGAGCUCGUCAGCGAGACGGUGAAGGGGAAGCCGGAGCUGCAGCCGACCUCGGCCUCGCAGCAGAUGCUGAACUUCCCGGACAAGGGCAAGGAGAAGCCGGCCGACAUGCAGAACUUCGGCCUCCGCACCGACAUGUACACCAAGAAGAACGUCCCCUCCAAGAGCAAAGCCGCUGCCAGCGCCACGCGGGAAUGGACGGAGCAGGAGACGCUGCUGCUGCUGGAGGCCCUGGAGAUGUACAAGGACGACUGGAACAAGGUGUCAGAGCACGUGGGCAGCCGGACACAGGACGAGUGCAUCCUGCACUUCCUGCGGCUGCCCAUCGAGGAUCCCUACCUGGAGGACUCGGAGGCGUCGCUGGGACCACUGGCCUACCAGCCCAUCCCCUUCAGCCAGUCGGGCAACCCUGUCAUGAGCACCGUCGCUUUCCUGGCCUCCGUCGUCGACCCCCGCGUCGCCUCCGCCGCCGCCAAAUCGGCUCUGGAGGAAUUCUCCAAGAUGAAGGAGGAGGUGCCCACGGCGCUGGUGGAGGCCCACGUGCGCAAGGUGGAGGAGGCGGCCAAGGUGACGGGCAAGGCCGACCCCGCGUUCGGGCUGGAGAGCAGCGGCAUCGCCGGCACCACCUCGGACGAGCCGGAGCGGAUCGGUGAGGGGCCGGGGGGAGGUCGGGGCUCUGGGGGGGCAGUGGCAGGGCCUGAGCCCGGGUUUGUGUCCCCAGAGGAGAGCGGGGCGGAGGAGGCGCGGGCCGACGCGCAGCCGGCCGAGGAGAAGAAGGAGGCGAAGGAGCCCAGGGACGGCACCACCGAGGAGGAGGCAAAGGAGAAGCCUGGGGAAACACCCAAGAAGGAGGAAGAGAAGGGGAAGGAGGUGGAGGGCGAGAAGGAGCCCGACAAGGGUGACAGCGAUGGUGCAGGAGAGCCGGAGAAGGAGAAGGAGGUGAAGGAGGGGCCAGAUGAGGCACCCAAGGAGCCUCCGGAGCCCGAGGCCGAGCGCAAGGCCAAGGUGGAGCGGGACAUCGGCGAGGGGAACCUCUCCACCGCCGCCGCCGCCGCGCUGGCCGCCGCUGCCGUGAAGGCCAAGCACUUGGCGGCCGUGGAGGAGCGGAAGAUCAAGUCCCUCGUGGCGCUGCUGGUGGAGACGCAGAUGAAGAAGCUGGAGAUCAAACUGCGGCACUUUGAGGAGCUGGAGACCAUCAUGGACCGGGAGCGCGAGGCCCUGGAAUACCAGCGGCAGCAGCUGCUGGCGGACCGCCAGGCCUUCCACAUGGAGCAGCUGAAGUACGCGGAGAUGCGGGCGCGGCAGCAGCACUUCCAGCACCUGCAGCAGCAGCAGCAGCAGCAGCCGCCCCCGCUGCCCCCGGGGGCUCAGCCCCUGCCCGCCGCCGGAGCCCCCCUGGCCCCCGCCGCCCACCCGUUGGCCGCGCCGCCCACCCCGGCCAUGGUGGGCCCCCCCGAGCCCGUGGGGCAGCCGCUGCCCGGGGCCCCCCCGCCGCAGCCGCCCCCGCCACCGGGAGCCCCGAACGUCCCCCACGCCCCGGCGCCGUUCCCUGGGCAGCAGCCGCCGUCCCAGAGCCUGGCGGGGACCCUCGGUGGCAGCGGCCACCCCGCCGUGCCCGGUAAUGCUCCCGCGGCCCUGCCCUUCGGAUUGCCUCCAUCCGCCAUCCCAUUGAGCAUGGCUAACCCCCCCGCCGACCCCCUGGGCGCCUCCUUCCCCGCUAACCCGCCCCCCCUCCCGCUGCAUGGGGCCCUGGCCAGCAGCAUGCCGGGGGGCGGGGGGCUGCCCCCCAACUCCCACCCACCCGGCCUGGCCCUGCCGCACCUCGCGGGGGGCUCGGCCGCCGCGCACAGCCCCGCCAUCGUGGCCGCCGUGCAGGGAAGCCUCCUUCCCAACCCCGGCCUCCUCGCAGACCAAGGCCCCCCCCUGCAGACGGACCCCAUCGCACCCACCCCCAGCACGGCCACGCCCGUGCCCCCCACGCAGUGAGCCCCGGCCGGGGCCCAGGACGCCGCAGCCCCCCCAGACCGGCCCCUCCCGCCCCUGCAAGGCACCCCAAAGGACCCCCUGCCCACCUCGACCGACCUCCCUCCCCCCCAGCUUUGGUAUUUUUUUAUGAUUGUCCCAGAUUUUAUUUAAGUGUUGGUCUCCUGGGGGGGACUGGGACGCUGCUCCCCCCCGGCUAUUUAUGAGACAGCUCCGAUCCCACCUGGCACAUGGGCAUUUCCCCCCUCCCAAAACCAACCCCAACACCCACCCAGCUCCUUCUCCUCCUCCCCUUUUUGUUUUUGUUUUUUGUUUUUUUCUUUUCUUUUUUUAAAAAACCAAUAAA